UGCCACCAACUUCGCUUGAUGUUGUUUAGACUGUGACAGUCAAGAUUGAACAACAAUAAUAUUUCACCCAGUGAUAUGAAUCAGACUUUCAGAACUAAGUCAAGACAUGGAUAUUCAGUGAAAUUUUCCCCUUACCUACCGCAACGCAUUGCAUGCGCCACUUCUCAGUAUUAUGGCAUAGUCGGUAGCGGCUCUAUUUUUGUGUUGGAUGUCGACCCUUCAGGAGUGAGAGUUGUCCAGCAGUUUGAGUGGAGUGAGGGCGUCUUUGAUCUAACAUGGGCAGAAAAUAAUGAGAACAUUCUGGUGGCUGCUGGAGGAGAUGGGUCUAUACAAGUGUGGGAUGUCAGUCAACCUCAGGGACCCCUGAAGGCACUACGAGAACAUACCAAAGAGGUGAAUGCGGUGGACUGGAGUCAGACAAGAAAUGAACAUUUUGUGUUAUCAGCAUCAUGGGAUAAACUGAUUAAACUUUGGGACAUUAGUCAGGCCCAGUCCAUCGAGACAUUCCAAGGUCAUGACCACAUCGUCUACCAAGUGUCAUGGUCUCCGCACGUCCCUGGAUGCUUUGCCUCUGCUUCAGGAGAUCACAGUGUCCGUGUGUGGGAUUGCAGAAGAUCUGACGGUUGUGUGGCGCUCAUUCCAGCUCAUGAGGCUGAAGUGCUGUCCUGUGAUUGGUGUAAAUAUGAUCAGAACCUCUUGUUCUCUGGUAGUGUGGACGGACUUAUCAAAGGUUGGGAUAUCCGGAAGCCAGCUCACCCUGUUUGUGUUCUACGAGGUCACAAAUAUGCCGUGCGUCGUAUACGUGCAUCGCCAUUCAGUGGCUCAAUUGUUGCAUCAGCUUCAUAUGAUUUCUCUGUCAAAAUCUGGGAUACGGAACAGGAGUUGUGCCUUGACACUGUGGAACAUCACACAGAAUUUGUCUAUGGUCUGGAUUACAAUCUACACGUUCCAGGACAGAUGGCUGACUGUGCCUGGGAUGAGCUGGUUCAUGUCUAUCAGCGUCCCCUGAACUUGCCCUGACCAGCUGCGAAAAGUAGAAAUAGGAUUUGUUGAAUAUCAUUUUACAGUUUUUCCUGGAAGAAAAUUGUUUUUUCCCCUUGAACUGUUUUUGUAUUUUCAUAGACUUAUACCAUAAGUCUUUUGGAAACGAUUUGCAUUAUGUUUUGUACAGGGGUUUGACUAGUCGUCAUGCUGGAGUCUAGUCCUGGGUCUGUUGAGAUCUUUUUUUAAUUGAACGAUUCUGGGUGCUGAGUUCCUUAUCUGUGAUUAAAUUUGGACUUUUUGAUAAUUGUACUUUAUCAUGUCUAAUUGUUUUUUAAAUUUUAUUUUGCAUCAAUGUCGUAAGUAAGUGAUGUGUGUACAUGGCAUCUGCUCAGUGUGUCUAUGAAUGUAUAUAUAUUUAUAUCAUGGAAUUAGUUCAUUGGACUGAGCAAUCUAGUAGAACAGGACUAGAGUUUGCUAUGGGCCUAAUAACUAUUGACAUUGAUGCUCUGGGAACUGGGAACUGAGGGGGGAACAUUGGAUGAUAUGACUUAGGAUCAGGAACUCACUGGGUUGAAAUAUGGUCAUGCUGAGAGAAUUCUUAGGUACCAGAAACUAAAUUUUCUAAGUAGCUUGUUGGCGAAUUUAUCUGUCCCAUAUGAAAGGCCUUUGUCUUCUGAGAACUUUGGUACCAUUCUUUUACCUCCCUAUCAAUAUUAUUUUAAAGAAAAUGGCGACUGUUUUUAUCAUCAAACUGUCAUUGUUGCAGAUCAGUAUUUUAUUGUCUGAAAAAUGCAGAUUUGUUGUUGUUUAGACUAGAACUCUCGAGUCUUUUCCAGGCCAGCAUGACACUUGCACCUGAGCCAGGUGGUUUGGCUCUGUACAGUAGUGUACUGAGUGCUCCCCAUGUCGGGGUCACUUACUUUCAGAGUUUCGCAGAAGGAUUGAAUAUCUAAUCCCAAGCUGAAGACUCUGUUCCAAUAGAAAUGAAUUGAUCUUUCUAUUGUUGAUACUGUUGCCUUCUUUGAGCUGGUAUUGUACCUAUUUCAUGUAGGAAAAUGUCUUUGAAAACUUUGACGCUAUUUUUUAAAGCUUUCUAUUCCAUCCCUAGAGGCUAAAAUACAUCGCUGGAUACACCAUUCAAAGCACUAUAGCCUCCGCAAAUCUUUCCAUAAAGUAUUCAAAUUUUUGGGCUUCAAAUUUUGAGCCGGCUGACCUUACAUUCUAACCACAAGAGGCUUUGUUUUCCACUGCAAUUCUCCAGCUCCAAAUACAUAAACAUAUAGUCUAGACAACAGACACCGUUAUAAUAAGGAAAAGGUGAACAUGCUCAUGGUGUACAGCGUUUGGUGUUUCAUAUUGACAGGGCAAGGAAACGGUGAUCUGAAUUACUCUGAUUUCGCCUAAUCCACCCUCUCAAAAGGCCAUGAAUCGGCUUACGUGCUGUGUGUGCACUACCAAGUUCUGGUACUCUGUCUACUGGGCAUUUUUUCUACCACAUGUUGGCCUUCAUAAAAGUAUGCUUUUGUCACUACUUAUGUAGUUUGAUAAAAGCAUCACAGGAGCUCCUUUCUGCUGAGUGCAGUUGAUCGUGAAAUUGAAAACAUGUAUACAGUAUAAUAUGGAUAGCUCGAAUUCAUUGGGACCGGCCUCGGUAGUUUGAGGGAUCCGUAGAUCGAGGGAUAUCUUACAAAGAUAAAGAAGAAGAAAAAAACGGGACUGCAGGCACAGUUGGACAAAUGCGUGAUUUCAAGUUUUCUGUUUGUUCGUUUAGUAUAGGGUUUUACGGCGCUCGCAACCGCAUAAGGUCAUAUGAGCGCGCAGGACACACCUAAUACUUUUUCGUUGGUAGGAAAUUUUGAAUUUUGCCCGGGUGGCGGCCGAAGCCUACUCUUAUCGAAAGUUUUCUGUGUUCGACCUAUCCAUGUUAUACUGUAUAUCAUAAUGUAAUGUUAUUAACAUUUUUACACUUUGCUUAAAUCACAUGUGUGUGUUCAGAGGCAUUUAUGAGUGUGAGUUUAUGUGAGAGAGAGGGAGAAAGAAAGAAGUGGGUAUGGCAAAAGAGAGAGAGAGUUAUCACUUUUUAUCCGAGUAGGCUGCUUGUCUUGUCACUGUAUGACCAUCAGCCAUUCAUUAACAUAACAAGAAUAUAUAUGAAGUUUUUGAUUAUGGGAAAGUCUAUUUUGUUUUUGAUCUCUUGUCAUAUCAGUCUUAUUUUGCUCCUGUUGUGUGUGGCAUAAUAAUAUCAUGUGAUGUAUAUUUGUAUGCUGACAGCCUGACCACACAUUUACAACCACUGAAUGUGCUUGUCCCUCAAGUUGAAGUACCUGGUUCAAUCCCUGGUUUAGUGAAACAUGGUGUAUGCAUCUUGGAAGAUUCUAAAAGAAUUCUCCCCAGUUACGAUCCCAAAGAAUAUAUAUAUUACGGGGCGUAAUUAGAUCGACUAUUCCCUGUUUGUGUUCGAGCUUCGCGUAAUUUUCUUACAAAGAUAAAAAAAGAAGAAAAAAGGGGACCGCAGGCACAGUUCGAUGGUUGAGCGAUUUCAAGUAAUCUGUGUUCGACCUAUCAGAGUUAUACUGUUUUUUUAUUUCCUACAUUGUCAUUUCUGCUAAGGACAAAACCCGUAAAAUCUAUGUAUGCAUGUUACAUAGAUAUCUCAACAGUUAAAAAAAAGAAGCAGAAGAACUGGCUCGCUGGGGCAAUAAUUCCAAAUAAAAGUCUUAUCCAAAAAACUAGAAAUCCUGUGGUCUGUAUAAAUAAAUGAAGAGAAAGUUCACAGAUGGCACAUGGCUUCUCGAAAGAGGAAAGACUUCUACCUAGUAGUAGUAGAAUGAGACUGACGGCGUAUCAUGUAAGUGAUGUAAAUGUGUGUCCAUGUAUCAAGUAUCAGUGAGGUUUAGCCGAAGAGUGAAGCCAGUAACAACAUUGUAUUUAAAGGAUAUAUUCUUAUCAUGUAUUUAUUAACCAGAAUUUGUCUCAUAUUUCCUGUGAGAAAUUUGCCUCUCUAUGUUCUCAGGGAUUUCCAAUCAUGGCGUUCUCAGAGAAAAAAUAAAAUGUUACUUUUAUAAAUGAAUGAAA